AUGAUACCUGUGGAACUAGAUGGAAGAACGGGCGAGGGUGGUGGACAAGUUGUCAGAGUCGCGGUCGCCAUAGCUGCUUUGACAGGGCAGGCGGUCACAAUCACUAAUGUGAGAGGAAAUCGUGACCGUGGCGGCGGUCUCAAGAGCCAGCAUGUCACCAGCAUCCAGUAUCUUGCAGAGAUAACCAAUGCGGAUGUUGAUGGCCUAAGCGUGGGAUCCAAGACUGUCACAUUCGCACCUAGACGAACACCCACAGAAUUAUACCAGCGGAAUAUCAAGAUAUCCGCAGAAUCGGGUUCUGCGAGUACCCUUCUCAUACUCCAAGCAAUCUUUCCAUUCUUGAUUUUUGCGGGAAAUGACUCUGAGGAACCAGUCGAGCUUCAAAUCUCCGGCGGAACUAAUGUUUCAUUUUCCCUUAGUUUCGAAUAUCUGGAUCAGAUACUCUUGCCAACACUAGAAGAACGGUUCGGCAUCCAGGUAGAGAGAGCACUGGAACAUCGCGGUUGGAGCAUAGGACCCCAGUCAAGAGGACAAAUCAGUUUAAAAUUCCACCCAUUGAAGAUUGGCCAAAGUCUGCGAUACAAGGCACCAGAGCAACGAAAGUACCCCGAAUCCUAUGAGAUCAAGGCUGUCGACGUCAGCAUGGUGGUGCCUGGUAAUGUGCAUGAGAAGCUCCAGGCAUCACUGGCAAAGGAUCUGGAAGAACUGUUCCCGUCAACUGAGAUCUGCUUCAAGCUUACUGAAGACACGAACCUGGAUUCACGCUGGUACAUACUCCUUGUCGCCCGUUCCACAUCCGGACUUCGAUGGGGGCACGAUUGGCUGGGAUCUCUACCGAAGAAGACGAAGAACAGGGAUCGAUUCACGGAUCAGGUGUCAAAACAGCUGUGCCGAGGUCUGUGGAAAGAGGUAGAAGUUGGAGGUCAAGUAGACGUCCAUCUUCAAGACCAAGUGGUCGUAUUCCAGGCACUUUGCGAAGGAUACUCCUCGUUUCCCUGGGGUGAUGGUCCAGGCGAAUCAUCUUCUAGAGUGGUAAUUGACGAUAUGGGAAACCUUGACAUUGGAGACGAUAGAAUGAGAAAGGAAAAGACUCAAGAACCCUUUGGUUAUGGCUCACUACACACCCAGACAGCAAGAUGGGUCGCUAGUGAGAUGCUACCAAAUGUGGAGUUUUACAAUAAAGGAGACUUGGUCAAAGGUGCAGGUAUAUCGAUGAAAUAA